AUGUUACCGUAUCUUGCAUACAAGUACGUUAAAAACAAACGCGAAGAGAACAAUCGUGCAAUGGCGGAGAACCUCGACUCGCUUGUGAGCAAUUUGUCGCGCAGCAUUAUUCCCGAUCAGGUCGUUCUACGGAUUCCGGGAGCGUCCGCGAAACUCGCCGAUGACAACGACGACUUCAUUCCAGGAGUUCUAACAAUUGUUGAGAAGUCAUCUGGUGUUUACAUUGAAUGGUCUCCAAGCGAAGAUGGCGACGCCUCGUGGGUGAUUGCUUCUGAAAAUGGGGAUAUGGAGACAAUUUCCAGCAGAAGCCCAACGCAUUCGAUGGCCGAGAAGAUGUCGAGCUUGGAGCUCUCCAAACUCGCAUUCUCGAUUGACGUCAAUGAUCUGAGCAGCUUCAACAAUAUCGAGCCCAAGAAGGGAAAAGGGUUCCCAUCGAUUCGUUUGAUAUGUCGUGAUGGGACUAACUACGUGCCACUCUACUUCCGCAAUUCUUCAACUUCGGAGUUCAUCGAUGUUCUCCAACGAUACAUCACACUGAGGCGAUCGGCAAGAGAAGCGAAUCUAGUUAUGGUGGUUGAUCAAAAGGCAGAAGCACUUGCGAAAAGCGUCAGCAUGCUUGACGAAAAUGGUGAUAUAUUAUCAAGAUUCAUGCAAAACCCCUAUAUGACAGCGAUGACCGGAUUCAGUAAGAUCACCUCGUUCGUCCAGGAUCAAGUGAUCAACACGGUGUUGAAUGAAAAUGAUGCGGUCUCGCAAGAAGAGCAAAUCAGACUGAUGCGAGAGUUUCGUUUGGCUGACGGCCAAUUCGAGCAAAUGCGUGUGCAUUCCGAAGCGUCUGGAGAGUUUGAAGUGGUUACACAACUCGAGCUUCCGCCUCGUCCCGAGAUAUACAGGGAGGCUGCGGUUUCACAAGACGUCUGGAAUUCGUUCAAGCUUCCUAAUGGAUCCAUCGACCCGCAGAAAUUGCAUCAUUUGAAGAUGAACGUCUUUCGUGGAGGAUUAAACGCGGAGGUUCGACGAGAAGCUUGGAAAUUCCUAUUGGGUUAUCGCAAUUGGGACGAGUCGGACGACGAUUUCGCCAAGAAGCGCGCCCGAUUGGCUGCAGAAUAUGAGAAUAUGAAGAAGCAAUGGAUGUCGAUAACAGAGGACCAGGAAAAGAGAUUCAACAAAUACGCGAAGAGAAAGUCGCUUGUUGAGAAGGAUGUCGCCCGAACCGAUCGCACCGUUCCAUUUUUCCAUGGCGACGAGAACAACAAUCUCAAACUACUUCAAAAUGUUCUAAUGACUUAUGUGAUGUACAAUUUCGAUUUGGGAUACGUUCAAGGAAUGAGCGAUUUCGCUUCUCCCCUAUUAUUUGUAAUGAAGGACGAGGUUGACACAUUCUGGUGUUUCGUUGGGCUCAUGGAGCUUACACAACGCAACUUUGAAAAGGAUCAAGCUUACAUAAAACUCCAAAUGAAUCAAUUGAGAGAUCUCAUGCUUAUUGUGAACCCAAGAUUGGCCAAUUAUCUCGAAAACCAUCAAUCCGACGACAUGUACUUCUGCUUCCGUUGGGUUCUUGUUUGGUUCAAACGCGAACUCUCGUUCCUUGAUAGCUGCAAACUCUGGGAGGUUAUUUGGACCGGUCAGCCGUGCCCUCGCUUCUUGCUUCUUAUCUGUGUCGCAAUUCUCGACUCGCAGACGAAUUACAUCAUUGACAACAAAUUUGGACUCACUGAAAUACUCAAGCACGUCAAUGAUCUUUCAAUGCACUUGAAUGUUGAUAAAAUCCUAACGGACGCUGAAGCCAUAUUCCAUCAGCUUUCGGCUAGUCAGGACAAGCUUCCGGCCCAUAUAUGUCAGUAUUUGAAUAUUGGGGAGACGAAACAGGACCUUUCGGAGGCAUCGACGCCGGAAUUGUAA